AUGCUGCGAGUGCGGUGCUUCCGCGGGGGAAGCCGCGGGGCCGAAGCGGCGCAUUACAUCGCCUCGCGGCUUGGAAGAGUCUUUACAGGAUGGGUGCAGCGAUCUUUCCAGAGCACCCAGGCAGCUACGGCCUCCCAGAACACCUUUGCUGCUGAUGACAAGGCUACUAGCCCUGUGCCUAAGGACUGUCUUGUUUGCUCAUAUAAUGAAUGGGACCCACUGGAAGAGGUCAUUGUGGGAAGAGCUGAAAAUGCUUGUGUCCCACCUUUUUCUGUGGAGGUUAAGGCAAACACAUAUGAAAAGUAUUGGGGAUUUUAUCAGAAAUAUGGAGGCCAGAGCUUCCCCAAAGACCAUUUAAAAAAAGCUAUUGCUGAAAUUGAAGAGAUGUGCAAUAUUUUGAAAAGAGAAGGUGUCAUUGUCAAGAGGCCUGAUCCAAUUGACUGGUCUGUGAAGUAUAAAACACCCGAUUUUGAGUCUACAGGUAUGUAUGCUGCCAUGCCAAGAGAUAUCCUGUUGGUGGUGGGAAAUGAAAUCAUUGAAGCACCUAUGGCUUGGCGUGCUCGGUUCUUUGAGUAUAGAGCAUAUAGACGAAUAAUCAAAGAUUAUUUCAACCAGGGUGCUAAGUGGACAGCUGCCCCCAAACCCACAAUGGCAGAUGAGCUCUACGAUCAGGAUUAUCCAAUCCUCUCUGUUGAAGACAGGCAUAAACUUGCUGCUCAGGGAAAGUUUGUGACUACUGAAUUUGAGCCAUGUUUUGAUGCUGCUGAUUUCAUUAGAGCUGGAAGAGAUAUCUUUGUACAAAGAAGCCAGGUUACAAAUUACAUGGGCAUUGAAUGGAUGAGGCGACAUCUUGCACCAGACUAUAGGGUGCAUGUAAUCUCCUUUAAGGAUCCUAACCCUAUGCACAUUGAUGCCACUUUUAAUAUCAUUGGACCCGGUCUUGUGCUUUCUAACCCAGACCGUCCCUGUCAUCAGAUUGAGCUUUUCAAGAAAGCAGGCUGGACUGUGAUUCAACCCCCAGUGCCACUCAUCCCAGAUGAUCACCCAUUGUGGAUGUCUUCUAAAUGGCUCUCCAUGAAUGUCCUAAUGCUGGAUGAGAAACGUGUGAUGGUGGAUGCCAAUGAGACAUCAAUUCAGAAGAUGUUUGAAAAUCUGGGCAUUUCUACAAUUAAAGUGAAUAUCCGCCAUGCCAAUUCACUGGGAGGUGGUUUCCAUUGCUGGACGUGUGAUAUCCGCCGUCGUGGUACCCUGCAGUCUUAUUUUGACUAG